GGAGAGGGCAUACAAACUGCAUCACACGUAGACACAAGUCAGACAGGUUGUUGUCUUUCAAAUUUAACUACAACCACCAAGAAAAGUAGCCUCCCUGCAUGACAUCACUGUGCUUUGAAGAACCCUUCAUUAACAUGGAAAGAAAAAGAACCCGUCAACAAUGAAGACAUUUAAAUUUCAUCCCAUUUUAAUCGUGCAUCAGACAUAAAGUUGCUACAUUGGUAAACACACCAAGCUCCAGCCCUCAGGGAUAAACCAAAGAGAGAAGAAACUAUACACUCCAGUGGAAACAGAGAUAUGUCAUUAGCCUUAAUGUUUUUAAACCUAGCUGAGAUGUUCCUAAUUUUGGACUUAGGCAAGCAGGACAUCACCAGAGGCUCCUUAUAAAACCCAUUAAGAAUGUUUGCCUGUCCAGGCUUAGCAGUGCUUCUCUUCCUGAGGUCUUCGAGUGCUGAAUCCUGCCCCUUUCCUUGCACAUGUACCACUAUGGGACUCACAGAUCUGAAAGUUGUGUGCAGUUUUGGCAGCCUUGAGGAAAUACCUGCUUUGCCAAAGAACACAACAGAACUUUAUUUAGAAGGUAACCUCCUGACAAGAGUACUUCCAGGUACAUUUGACAGCUUUACAAAUCUAAGGAAAGUAAAUCUAUCCAAUAAUCCAUGGAACUGUGACUGCAAUAUUAUUUACCUCAAAAUGUGGUUGCAGGACCAGCCUCUCCAUAACCAUAAUGAUGUGAUCUGCUCAACACCUUCUGAACUUACAAGAGUACCAGUUACCAAGCUGACAUACAAUGACUUUGUUACCUGCUCUCAUCACAGAAACCAUUGUUCGGAUUUUAUGCAAAACAUUGUGAUUUUAUUUAUUAUGCUUCUUCUCCUAGUGCUAACAGUUUGUAGUCUGAUGCUUGCAAAGAGGAGAACUUUUAAAUUAGAUAUUACCGAUUAUCAAGGGGAAAUUGAGCUACAUUCGUUGCAGCCCACAAAAUCUCACCACAACAAAAGAAGGGAAAAAAGACACAAUAUGAACAAGACCACUGAGGCAAAGACAUCUUUUGAAAGUCCUAACUUGGAGAUUGAAUGGACAAAUGAAAAUCUGAAUGACAUGCCUUUUUGUCAAGACAAUACGGAGCUUUUACCACAGAUAAUCCAUAUACUAGACACAAAAUAUGAUAUAAAACUUAAAGAAAAUUGAACUAAAUGCUUUUAAUGCUGUUUGUGUAUUAAAGGGGUGUUAUAUUACUGUACACUAGGUAGAAUAUUUUUCCUAAUAUUGUUUCGAUGGAGUGACUCAGAAACCCAACACAAGGAAAAAGAUAAAAUGACUUUGUAAAUACA